UGCCAUGUUAUCCGGUCCAUAUGGUAGACUGUUUAAUCCGGAUAGUUUUGUAGCAGGCCAAGCUGGGGCUGGUAAUAAUUGGGCUAAAGGUUUUUAUACCGAAGGUUCUGAAUUAGCUGAUAUAGCUUUGGAUCUCGUUCGAAAAGAGGCUGAAUCUUGCGAUUUAAUGCAAGGAAUUCAAUUAAUACAUUCUCUUGGUGGUGGCACCGGUGGAGGCAUGGGUUCCCUUUUGUUACAAAAAUUAAAAGAAGAAUACGUAGAUAGAAUAAUAAAAUCUUAUGCCGUAUUACCAGCACCAAAAAUUUCAGACGUUGUUGUUGAACCCUACAAUGCUAUUUUAUCUCUUUACUAUCUCAUAGAUGGCAGUGACGAAACUUUUUGUAUGGAUAACGAAGCCCUACAUUAUAUUUGUACCGAAACCUUGCAACUCGCCUCUCCUACUUACAGUGAUUUAAAUCAUUUGAUAUCCAGUUGCAUGGCUGGCAUCACUACAUGUUUCAGAUUUCCUGGACAACUGAAUACCGAUUUAAGAAAACUUUUAGUAAACAUGGUACCUUAUCCAAGAUUACAUUUUUUCAUACCUAGUUACGUACCUCUGACGUCAAGAAGAGUGGCUCCUUAUAGAGUACUUUCGGUACCUGAAUUGACUCAACAAAUGUUUGAUGAAAGAACAAUGUUUGCUCGUUGCAAUCCAAAACAGGGUAGAUUUUUAACAAUUGCUGCAAUUUUUAGGGGUAGAAUGUCAACUAGACAUGUAGAUCAGCAAAUGUUAAACAUUCAAAAUAAAAACAGUUCUUAUUUUAUCGAAUGGAUACCGAAUAAUAUAAAAACAGCGAUCUGUGAUAUUCCACCACGUGGAAUUAGCAUGAGCGCGACUAUGGUAAUGAACACCACAGCUAUUCAAGAAUAUUUUAAAAACGCAUUAAAUACCUUUAAUGGAAUGUUUCAAAAGAAGGCUUAUCUUUAUUGGUACACCGACGAGGGAAUGGAAUUAUCCGAGUUUUCAGAUGCUCAGAACAAUGUUUAUGAUAUCGUUUCAGAGUAUCAGCGGUAUCAAGAGGCACCUGCUGAAACUGAUUUCGAAGAGGAAGAAAUAAUUUAUCGUGAUUAACAUAAUUUCAAGUACAGUUAUGACUGAAAAUUCAUUAGAAAUGAAAGAAAAUUAUUAUAAAUAAUAAUAUACUAAUUCACACACAAAAAAAUGAUUAUAUCAUUUGUAUAAACUCUUUUACUUAUCUUUGAAACAUUAUCGGUAUUGUUUAUAUUUUCAGUAAAAAUGUAAAAAUAAACUCAAAUAAUCUUAU